AUGGGCGACCGCCGCCGCACCCUCCAGCACUCCAACUCGGGCCUCCCCGUCCCUUCCUCCAUCCCGCGCCCGCCCACAACCCUCCGUCACUCGCUCGCCCCUCAGCAACACGGCCGCCCCUCGCUCGCCGCCUCGUCGUCGUCCGCCGCCCUCCCCGGUCGCGCCCGCGCCUCGAUUGCCCCGCUUGCCUCGUCCCAAGAGUCACAGGCCCAGUCGCAGGGCGGCGGCUCCCAGUUCUCGCAGGGCCACGGCGGGCCCCUCGUCCAGCAACAGGCGCCCAUGACGGCCAGCCGCCAGGGCCACAUGUACACGUCGGCCGCCGCCCAACAGCAGCAGCAGCAGCAGGGGGGAGGAGCGUUCGGAGGGAGCAUGAGCGUGUCGCGCAACCCGGGCGCGCUCAGGAGCUCGAUGGCCGUCCAGCACGACUAUGCCCCGCCGAGCGAGCGCCGCACGUCGACCUACCGCCGCGGCACGCUCGGCACCUCUCUCGGCGGGCCCGCCAUGAUGGGCCUCUCGACGCCCGGCGGCGGCCCAGUCGGCCACAUCGGCUCGUCGACGACGCACGGCCGCGCCCUCGCCCUCAAGGACCCGCGCGACUCGAAGCCGCGCCAACAGCGCGAGCGCAUGGCCGACGACAUUAUGCAGUUCUGCGCCCUGCACCAGCACGCCGUCAGCCAAAAGGAGCUCCUGACGCCGACUGGGCCCCAGUUCGAGAGCAUGUUCAAGUUCCUCGUCGACAAGUACGACCCGGCGAUCCGGCUCUCGCCCGUCUCGUCGUCGUCGUCGGCGGCGGCCGCGGCGGCGGCGCAGGGCCGGGACAAGAACGCGGGCGCCAAGCUCGCCGACGAGGUCAUGCAGACGCUGCGCGCCGUCCAGUACCCGUUCGCCGACUCGAUCACCAAGAGCCACCUCCAGGCCGUCGGCUCGGCCCAGAGCUGGCCCAACAUGCUCGCCAUGCUCCACUGGUUCGUCAAGGUCAUCGAGGCGCGCGAGCAAGCCUUUGCCUCGGACGUCGAGCUGCACAUGCCCGCCGCCGAUUUCGCGUCGCGCCCGCCCGGCGAGGACACGAAGCAGCACGCGUGGGUCGCCCACUGCGCCAACGUGUAUGCCCGGUUCCUGUACGGCGAGGGCCAGCCGGUCGACCCGCACGACCCGGACAGCGCCUUCAUGUUCCCGGACGAGGAGGACGUCCUUCGCGAGCUCAUCGAGCGCUCGCAGUUGGCGCUGCGCGAGCGCGUCGAGGCGGUCCGCCAGGAGCACGACGACCUCGAGCGAGAGUACAAGCUGCUCACCGCCAAGCCGGACCCGAUCCACGGCUUCCGCGAGUUCCGCGAGUCGCAGAAGCGCGACCUCGCAAAGGCCGACACGUGGCUGCGCGACCACGAGCGCAAGCUCGACAACGACCGGCGCGACAAGGUCAACGCCGAGAGGGAGAUCGAGGUGGCCCUCAAGGACCGCGACGACAAGCGGGCGCUCCUCGCGCGGCUCGACCGCCAGGUCAAGGAGCAAAAACUGACGCCGCUCGAGAUCCAGUCGCUGUCGUCGGACCGGCAGAACCUGACGCGGGCCAUGCACGACGUCCAGUCGCGGUACCGCGCCGUCCUCGGCAAGACGAUGAGCCUCGAGAUCGACCUCAACAAGAAGAUUGACGAGGCGACGGCUCUCUGCGGCGAGUACGACGACAAGGCGCAGCAGCUCGGGCUCCUCGACGGCCCGGUCAAAGGGUUCGAGCACGUGCCGUUCGCGCAAGAGGUCAACGGCGCGAGCGAGGCGCCCGUGCCCGAGGGCCUGUCGACCGUCGUCAAGCCGGCGCUGCAGAGCCUGCGCACCUCGACCCGCAACGAGGUGCGCGACCUGAGCCUCCAGGCGGUCAAGGUCGAGGAGGAGCUCACGCGCAUCAACGAGGUCUUGGGCGACUUGGGCGACCGCGAGGCGCAGCACGAGCAGGAGCUCGAUGUCGUCGACCGCGAGAAGGACCAGAUGCAGCAGGCUAUCGACCGCGAGACGGCGACCUCGACCGCCGAGCUCGACCGCCUCCAGACCCAGGUGGCCGCCAUCAGCGCGACCAUGGAGCACGCCCUCGCCGUCGCCAACCACCGCUACGAGCAGCGCGUCGUCGAGCGCAUGGCCGUCAGCGAGCACACGUCGGCGCUCCGGCGCGCCAACCGCCAGGCGCUCGAGUCGGCCCUCGAGCAGUUCAUGAGCUACAAGGAGCACAUGGGCUCGGGCGCAGACCGCCUCGGCCUCCUCAUCGACGAGGCCGUCGCGGCCGUCUAG